AUGAACGGUCUUCAAGCCCUCCCGCAGUGGCGCAACUUCUUCAACCACCCACGCGCUCCGCUCCUCGGAGCCAUCAACGCCAUCUAUCCCGUCUGCAAGAUCCUGGGCUUGGUACCUGCCAGUAUGAUUUCUGACAAGUGGGGUCGCAAGAUGCCCAUGUAUCUCGGUUUAGUGGCGCUCCUCGUUGGACCAGCUGUUCAAGCAUCCUCGCAGAACCUUCCCAUGUUCAUCGUGUCCAGAGGCAUGAUUGGCUUCGCCACCGUGUUUCCGCAGGUGUCUUGUCCUAUUCUUGUUUCCGAGUUGGCUUACCCUACCCACCGAGGCAAACUCACUGCGCUCUACAACACCUUUUUCUACUUUGGUGCCAUUGGAGCGGCAUGGAUCACAUAUGGAACUUUCAAGAUUCAGUCCACAUGGGCAUGGCGAAUUCCUUCGGCAUUGCAGGCGGCUAUCCCUUUCAUCCAGCUUCUGUUCAUCUACUGGGUUCCCGAAUCUCCUCGAUGGCUCAUCGCCAACGGAAAAAGGGACGAAGCCGUCAAAAUUCUCACCAAGUGGCACGCAGCUGGACAGGAGUUUUCUCCUCUGGUGGAAUACGAAGUUGCUCAGAUCGAAAAGGCCCUUGAAAUGGAGCGAAACCAAGAGUCCCAUGCAUCAUGGGUGACCCUUGUUCGCACCGCUCCUAUGCGCAGGCGGACUCUCCUUGCCUUCAUCCUCGGUUUCUUCAGCCAGUGGAAUGGCAUCUCCGUCGUUACGUAUUAUCUGACACUCGUCUUGAACACUAUCGGAAUCACUGCCGUCAAGGACCAGACAUUGAUCAACGGGCUGCUCCAGAUCUUCAACUUCGCAGCCGCCGUCUUCGCGGGUGCCAUGAUGGUUGAUCGAUUCGGACGUCGCAGGCUGUUGCUCCUUUCGACUGCUGGCCUUUGCCUGAGCUACGUUGCCUGGACAGCGCUUACCAGCCAUUUCGUUUCCACUCACGACCAAUCAGCCGGUCGAGCCGUUGUCGCCUUAAUCUUCAUCGCCUUCUUCUUCUACGAUAUCGCUUGGACGCCGCUCCCACAAGCCUACACCAUCGAGAUCUUCCCCUUCACUACCCGGAGCCGCGGCCUGACUACCGAGCUCACUUCAUCUUACGUGGGUCUGAUCUGUGCUCAAUUGAUCAACCCCGUAGGCUUGGCGGCCAUUGGUUGGAGGUACUACAUCGUCUUUUGCUGCAUCUUGGCUGGCUUGACCACGGCGAUCUAUUUCCUUUUCCCGGAGACAAAGGGCCGCACCCUGGAGCAGAUUACUGAGAUUUUCGAUGGCAAGAGCGUCACUGUGGCUGCUGAUGAUAUCAUUAGCAAGGGAAAGCUGGAUGUUAUGGAGCAUGUUGAGAUGCGUGAUAAGCGUGAUGACUAG